CUUUAAUUGAAUUAGCUUAAGAAGUUAGUUCCUCUUCAACCGUCCACAGAAAUAUACGUUAUUAUUAUUUAAAACAUGCUAACCGUAGAAGUCGCGCUAUGUUUAUUAUUAAUGUGCUCUUUUGCGAAUUGUGCGGAGAGUGCCAGCGUUGCUGAGAAGAAGCCACAACCUGCUAUAGUUAACGGUCCUCCAAGUGUGACAGGAAAAUGUGAUCUUGAGAGUAAUUGUAAGAUAAAUGAAACUACUAUACCGUUAUGUCGUUAUGAUGACGGUGCGGGUUGCAUACGGAAAUAUGCAUCGAAAUGCCAUUUGGAGAUAGCAGAGUGUAUGGCUGGUACGAAAUACACAGAUUACAGCAACGAUUAUUGCUCAAUGGACACUUAUCUAUGUGAGGAGGGCUAUGAGCGCUGGACGAUAUUCUUUGGAUAUGAAAAAGCUUAAUUUUGAAAUUGUCAAACAAGUGAUAAGAGAAAACCGAUUAAUUACGAUGAUUGACGUAUGUACGCAUGAAAUAUACAAAAUUAUGUAUGUAUGUAUAUAAUUAUGUACAUAAGUAUGAAUAAAUAAACGGGCGUUCUUGACUAUAUUUAUCUUGAACGUCGA